AUGACGAUGCUGCAGUCUGUGCUUCUCCUGCUCCUGUCCGUGCCUCUGAUAAAGCUGGCACCACCAGCUCAGCAGGACCCACGCGUCACCUAUCACCAUGGGACAGAUCAUUCUGAAGAAACCGUGUUUAGUCAAGAUUCUGAGGAUAAAUAUCUGGACAGAAAAAAUAUUAAGGAAAAAGAAACUGUGAUAUUACCCGAUGAGAAAAGUGUUCAGUUACAAAAAGAUGAGAGUGUAACACCACCAUCCCCCAAAAAAGAAAGUGACGAAAUGCCCACGUGCCUGUUGUGUGUAUGUUUAAGUGGCUCUGUGUACUGUGAGGAGGUUGACAUUGAUGCCGUACCACCCUUGCCGAAGGAGUCAGCCUAUCUUUACGCACGAUUCAACAAGAUCAAAAAGUUGACGGCAAAAGAUUUUGCAGAUAUCCCCAACUUAAGAAGACUUGAUUUCACGGGAAAUUUGAUUGAAGAUAUAGAAGACGGUACUUUUUCAAAACUUUCUCUGUUAGAAGAACUCACACUAGCUGAAAAUCAACUACUGAAACUUCCAGUUCUUCCUCCCAAGCUUACUUUAUUUAAUGCAAAAUACAACAAAAUCAAGAGUAGAGGAAUCAAAGCAAAUACAUUCAAAAAACUGAACAACCUCUCCUUCCUGUACUUGGACCACAACGCCCUGGAAUCUGUGCCUCUUAAUUUACCAGAAAGUCUACGUGUAAUUCAUCUUCAGUUUAACAACAUAACUUCAAUCACAGAUGAUACAUUCUGCAAGGCUAACGACACCCGUUACAUUCGGGACCGCAUUGAAGAGAUACGCCUGGAGGGAAACCCCAUCAUCCUGGGAAAGCAUCCCAACAGUUUUAUCUGCUUGAAAAGAUUGCCUGUAGGGUCAUACUUUUAACCACUAUCAAUGCAGCAUAUAAGCUAAAGUACACACAUGCAUAUAAUCUGUCUCAACAGUGCCUAAAGCAUAAAUAUUUAAUAUUAACUUUGUGUCCCAUGAUGAAGGAAUUUUAUGUUUUAAACAAAGAUGUUCACAAAUCUUACACAUAACAAGCAAAAUGUAAAACUGAAUCCUGAAGUUCAAAACAAAGUCAUGUGAAAAUAUUUAAGCAGCAUUACAAAAUCCUCAUAGUUUAUACCAUGGUGCCAUUUAAAAGGUAUGUUUUUAUAUAAAUACCCCAAUUUAAGAAGCACUAUUUCCAUUACUAAUGACAUGAAAGGGUAAGUCCAAAAAACUUUCAACUGCUGAUCUUUCCGGACCUUUACUUGAUCCCUAAAGCACUUAAGGACGAUGUUCCAAAAACUUUGAAAGCUAAGUGUUUCCAGUAAUCUCCCAUUCUUCUGUUAUGAUUCACACAUUUUUCAUUAUGAAGCAGGAACUUGUUUUCUUUCUAUUAAGGCAGUUAUUAUAUGUUUACUUAGCCUGAGAAAUAGUGAACAGUCUCAUACCUAGGCAAAACUUUCCAAAUAAAGUGUAAUUUUACUCUCUGAUAAAGACCUAACAGAGUAAUGUCCAAUGUUAUUCUGCUUUGUGGUCACACAGUUAAAGGCUUUAGCAAAACAGCACACAUUUUUCCUUUCUCUAAAUAUUAAAAUUCUAAGUCUACCAUAAA